CCCGCGGCUCACCAUUGCACUCCAAUCCAAAAGUAUAAUCAAGCAAAGCAGCUCGAUCGAGUGUUCGACUGAUCACCAGUUGGAGCUAAUCGAUCGAGAGAGAGAGUAUGACGGUGGAAGUGGAGGCGGUGACCAUGGCGAAGGAGGAGCAGCCGGAGGAGGAGGAGGUGAUCGAGAAGUUGGUUGAGAAGAUCACCGGGCUGGCGGCGGCCAUCGGCAAGCUGCCGUCGCUGAGCCCGUCGCCGGAGGUGAACGCGCUGUUCACGGAGCUGGUGAUGACCUGCAUCCCGCCCAGCAGCGUGGACGUGGAGCAGCUGGGGGCGGAGGCGCAGGACAUGCGCGGCCGCCUCAUCCGCCUCUGCGCCGACGCCGAGGGCCACCUCGAGGCGCACUACUCCGACGUCCUCGCCGCCCACGACAACCCGCUCGACCACCUCGCCCUCUUCCCCUACUUCAACAACUACAUCCAGCUCGCCCAGCUCGAGUACGCCCUCCUCGCCCGCCACCUCCCCGCCGCCCCGCCGCCCUCCCGCCUCGCCUUCCUCGGCUCCGGCCCGCUCCCGCUCAGCUCCCUCGUCCUCGCCGCCCGCCACCUCCCCGCCGCCUCCUUCCACAACUACGACAUCUGCGCCGACGCCAACCGCCGCGCCAGCCGCCUCGUCCGCGCCGACCGCGACCUGUCCGCGCGCAUGGCCUUCCACACCUCCGACGUCGCCCACGUCACCACCGACCUCGCCGCCUACGACGUCGUGUUCCUGGCGGCGCUGGUGGGUAUGGCCGCCGAGGAGAAGGCGCGCAUGGUGGAGCACCUCGGGAAGCACAUGGCGCCCGGCGCCGCCCUGGUGGUGCGGAGCGCGCACGGCGCCCGGGGAUUCCUGUACCCCGUGGUGGACCCGGAGGAGAUCCGCCGCGGCGGCUUCGACGUGCUCGCCGUGCACCACCCGGAGGGCGAGGUGAUCAACUCCGUCAUCAUCGCGCGCAAGCCGCCCGUGGCGGCGCCGGCGUUGGAGGGAGGAGACGCGCACGCGCACGGCCAUGGCGCCGUGGUGAGCCGUCCAUGCCAGCGCUGCGAGAUGGAGGCGAGGGCGCACCAGAAGAUGGAGGACAUGUCCGCCAUGGAGAAGCUGCCCUCCUCGUAGGCAGGCAUCGAUGACUGCUUCCAUCGCUUGCUACCUCACCAGCUCACCUGAUAAAUCACCUCAGUUACUAUCGAUUAAUCAUUUACCAUGCAUUAAUUAAGAAGAAAACAUAUAUACCAUAAUUAUCUACCAGUAAAACAAAUCUAAUAGUAGUAUUUAAUAAUCUCGUUGGUAAUUAACUGCAGUCAUGCAUGAAUGCAUGCCAUAUUGCGUCGCUAUCUUUUUUUCCCAUGAUGAGACUGAUGAGAGAGAGAGAGAAUAUAUGUCGCUAUUGAGUGUUACUGCUUGAUUACUGUACUAGUAGCUUAUUACAAUCAACCAUUGUCUCUGUUGCGUAUUUAUGAGUGUAAGUGGUUAAUUUUCUGUUGCAGCAUAAUUAAGUUACCUGUAUAUAAUCUGAUGUGUACGUACGCAUACUGUCUCGAUCGAUCUCCGGGGCUUAAAAAGGAGAUCGAUUAAUUGAUCGAGGAGCAAUUAUAA